AUGUUAGUAGAGGACCAGCUAUACCUUUUAUCAUGCAUAUUUGCUACAAGGGCAGAUGCUAAAAAUAUGACGCGACUGACUUGCAAGUUCAAAGACUCACAAGAUUUUAUUAAUGCAAUCAUUAUUUUAUGGCCUGAAUAUGGCGAACCUAAGGAUCUGGGGUUCUUAUUUGCAAACACAGUUCGAGAAGAAGAAGAAGAAGAUGUAAACAGUGAUGAUGACCUAAUGAUUUCACUAAUCAAUGGUGAUUCUGAUCUAAUCUCUAUGGUUGAACUAGAUCCAGAAGAAGUUACAAAUAGAGUAAAGAGCAUAAAACAAUAUAUUGAAUCUGAAUUAGAAACAAUAGAAGUAAUUGAUAAUGAGAAAGGUCUUAACUGGUUGGCAAAACGUAUAAUAUACUGUAAUGACAAACGCCCAGAGGAUGCAUUAUUAUACUCAUCUUUAUGGGAAUGCAUUACGACCAAAGAUCCAGGGUUCCAAGAUUGGAUUGACAACAUAGUAUUACCCUUAAACUUAAUAAAUAAAAGACUUGGAAAAUUAAUUAAGAUAAAAGAAUUUAUGGAAAUGAACGUAAAGGAUGUUUUCCAAUUAGUUCUGACCAUUAAUUACAAUGAAAACAACAACAAUAGUAGUAACCAUAUAUUAGAUGAAUUACUACCAUAUCUAAGGUACAAGAAUUCGGAUGAUGCUUAUAGUAAAUUUCUGAAAGAUUGUUAUACUCCUGAUAGAUUUGAUUUCCAAUAUCCUCUGCAAACUCAAUUAUUUACCAAAACUUUUAAUGAUAUCAAAAAUGAUUUAAAGGAUUUAGAAAUGGACAAUUUUUAUAAUAAGACAUUGGAGAUAAUUUUCACAAAAGCAGGUCAAAGUUUAAAAAACUCAGAUAUAAUCAAUUUACAGGAUGUCUUGAAAUCAAUACCUACUGAAAUUACACUUUCAAAUUAUCCAAGUGUUACCUCUAAAUCAUUGAUAAGUUAUUUAGAUACAAUACAUUUGUUCUUACCUCAGAUGGACCUCAUGACUCUAUAUACUAUUGGAUCAGAAAAAGAAAUUGGACAAAAGACGCACUUUACCUCUAUAUGUAAUGAGACUCUAUUAACAAAUGACACAAAGAUAGUGACGUUACGUGAAUUUAUCAAUCAAGAACAUAAGGAAAACGAUGGAAAUUAUGUUAAGAUAUUCAAUAAGUUAUCGCGUGAAGAAGAUUUGAGUAUAUUAUAUGAGACCUGUUUGAGUCUUGGUAAAUUUGAUUUAUUACAAUCGUUUGGUCAAGAAGAGUCCACCACAGAUACACAACUGGAAUCCAUACUAUUAGAAAAGUAUUUUUGGCAAUUUUUUAAAAAUGAAACUAAUGGUAGUUCGAAAAGACCUGGAAUGAUAAAAUGUCGCAAGAUUCUAACUUUGUUACAAAAUGGAUCGAAAGCUAAAUCAUAUACAAAUUUAGAAAUAUUACUUGAGGUCAGUGAUACAUUAACAAAGUAUUCAAUGAAUCUAGGUAAAAAUAUUAUAUUUAAACCAAGUAAUAUACUUGAUUUUAAAGAUGAUCCAUUUAAGAUUAUGGAAAUUUUAUUAGAGAAUAAUCCACAAAUGUACAAAUCUCUUGAUACCAAUUUGAAUAUCCUAGAAAGUUUGUAUAUUGCAUUGAAUAAUGAUGUCUCAACGGUAAUAGGUGAAGAUUCAUAUGGUUAUAAUAAAUUGUUAUCUAUGAUUAUCGAUCAUUCAUUAGUGAAUCUUGAUUUUCAAUUUGCAAUGAAACAAUGUACUUUAUUGAUUCAUCGUUCUAAAUUUGCUUGUGAGUUUUGGUAUAGUAUUUUACAAGUUGGUAAAUUUAAGGAUCCAAACUGGGUUGAUAAUGAGACCCCGACAGAGAUCUUAUUUAUGCAAAUGCGUCUAUUGAGUCAAUUAUUACAAGUUUGUCCCGUAGAUGAGACUGAGGUUGUUACUCAACAAUGGAGUGAGAUUGAAAUUGAGAUUGCAUCAAGGGAUUUAAUUCAUGAUAAGUAUUCAUUUGAUCAUUUAAAUUCCAAGAGCUCUACAGUUUUUAAAACAAUUUUCACAUAA